GGGCGCACACACACACACAUAGUGGAGUGUUGAGUGGCAGGGACAUGUGAACCCCUUCACAUGUGCUAUUCUGGGUAAGGGAGGGGAGGCCGGGUGGGUAGUAGAGACUCUUUUUCUUUCUGCAUGCGAGCAAGGCCACACGAGGACCUGCUCAUCGUUGCGUCCUCUUGUGUUUAAUUUCUUUCUGGAGAAGAUGGGCUGCUGCUUUAGCAAGGAGGCCGGGCCAGGCCAGACCACCGAGAGGAGCAGCCUGCUGCACCCACCGCCCCAGGAUGGCCUCCACGAGUCUGUGGAGCAAGUGAGGCAACAGGCUGUGGCCAUGGCUCAGCAUGUGUGCCUGGAGGAGGAAGAAGAGGCCGGGCCGCCCCAGCGGAAACCUCCCGAUCACAACGAAGGUCAUCCAGAACUUGAUGGUAAAAUGCAUGUGAUUGUUAGCGAGAAGAACCUCAGAACGGCGAUCUCUCACGAGGGGGAGUUGGCUAUUCUUAUCCCGGCUGACACAAGUGUACAGGCGGACCCGGGCUCUGAAGCACGUCUGACCCACUCCCCCACGCACAGCUGUGACCCGGCUCCCUAUAUGGAGGUGCUCAGCCAGAGUCCGGCCAAACAGAAUAUCAUGGAGAAUGCUGCACGCCGAGCUUUGUGGUUCACUCAGAACCACCAAGGCCAAAAACUCCCUAAACCAGAAGGAUGUUGGUCCACUCCGGCUAUCACGAGUCAGGAUGAUCCCAACCACCCAAAGUUGGGGGACGACCCGGCUGAGCAGGAAUCCCUCAGAACCAAGCAUGAAGAUCGGGAGGAAACCUGUAUUGUCACUGCAACACUGGGUCAGGACUUCCAAACGAGGACCCGUCGGUUUUACAGCAUCUGCUCCAUUGAUGACCUUGACCAUGAUGACCCCAUUCGGGCCCGGACAUCUGCUCCCCCCAGCCAACCAGAGCCCUCACCUCUUCCUCAACUGCAGAGCCCACCUUCUGAUCCAGUAGAACUCUGCAACGGUUCUGGAAGCAUCACAGACCAUCACGUUGGCACAUGUGACCCACAGUCAUCAAGUGGAACCUCUGAAUGUGCCCUGUCGGUGGUUACUAUGAUGAAGCUUCCAGACUGUGUGUCUUCAGAUGUUCAUACAUCAAAGGAAACAGCUGUCACUUUCCAGGAGAACCCACUCGACCAUGUACAAGCUUCAGAAGAAGAAGUCCAUUCCAGUGUGGGCUGCACUCCAGAGCCUGACGUCACACAGCAGCACAAAGAGGAGGACCUCUCUCCGUUUGCCGUGGAUAAAACAUCAAUACAUAGUGAAACCAGCCAUAGCAGCACAGCCGUCCAAUCUCACAUCUUCACAUUUAAAGAGCAUGGAAGUGUAGAACCAUCUCAACGGGAUCAUGAAGACAUGAGUGUUACAGUCAGUUCACCUGCUGAAGUCCGGGACAUUUCAGAACAGGACGCAUGUUCAGGACAUCAGCGUCAUGGGUUGGAUCUCAUGGCAGAAAAAAACAGCCUAAAUUGUCUUCCUGCCUGUGAAUGUCCGAGUGUGUUUUCUCCAUCUAUCGAGGGGACCAGCCCAUGCAGACAGCUGAAGGUAGAAGCUCCACAGGAGGAAGAACCGCAGACUACAGAGAGUCCGAGUGAUCCAGUAGACCUAGUAAAUGGACCUGUGUGUAAUGAAGUGCAAAUGAUAUAUUCAUCUUCUGAGACGUGUCCCAAUCCAAAAGGUUUUGACACAGAAAUAGUCCAAGUGGACUCCUGUGCGACUCCAAAUGGAACAGGUGGUCCGGUUGAGGUUGUGUCCUUGCAGCAAGACCACAGAUUCCUAGUGGAGCCGCACCAGCUGGACGUUUACGCCUCCACACCCUCCUAUGAGAUCCACUUCCUAAGUCAGGAGGUCCCCGCACCCAGCGAGGAGGUCGAGCGUGAAGGCGGGAUGAGGGAGAUGGUGUCAGAGCUGCUGGGCGAGGACACUGACCCCUCCGUGUGCCAGCUGGAUCCUGACUCCUGGAUCAGGCCCGCUUUGGAGAGCGGAUGUGAGGCAUGGUCCCGGGGAGCGCCGCAAAGCCAGGGAGAGGUUUUGCUAGGGGCGUUCCCAUACUGCGCCGUGAUGCCCCAGGGGCCGUGCGAGUGGGGGUGGCACAUGGGCGGCCCUCGGGCUACCCUAAACCCGGAUGCUGAGGUGUGGACCGGAUGCAGAUACAAUUUCUUGCAGGAUCAGCAACCAUGGAUGCAUCUCCCCAGUGAGCAGGUGGACACCCAGAGCCAGGUUGAGCCGCACAACACCAGCCUGGCUCAGGUUGAAUCGGAACCCGCAGCAGCAAAGGAACACAUCCCACCGGAACCCGACACAGAAGGACUGAUGGAACAGCUGAGAUCUGUGUUGGAGUUUUGUCUCAGCAGGGAGCACCUGGCCAACGACUUGUACCUCCAGUCUCAGAUGGACGACGACCAGCACAUCCCCUUAGCAACACUAACCGGCCUGGACGCCGUCAAGCGCAUCAGCACGGAUCUUCAGCUCAUCACGGACGUUGUCAAAACGCUGCCACAUGUCCAGAUGGCACCUUGCGGACUCAAAGUGAAACCCAGCCAAAGUCAAUAUGUCCUCAUCUUGCGCGAGGUCCCCAGCACCACGUCUCGCGAGGAAGUAGUAGCACUCUUCAGUGAUGAGAACCUGCCCGAUUUCCUGAGCUGUGAGUUCGUCAGCAGCGAUAACUGGUUCAUCACCUUCAGGUCGGAGGCCGACGCACAACAGGCGUUCAGGUACCUGCGAGAGGAGGUUCAGGUAUUCCAGGGAAAGCCCAUCAUGGUGAGGAUGAAGGCCAAAACCACAACAUUCGCUUCUCGUGCGCCCGUCAAUGGCUACGGCCCGGCCCAGGUCAACAUCAUGGGUGAUCAUGGAACGUCCUAUUUACCCCCGGACGCCUACCAGCAGCUGUAUGACUUCACAUACCCGGUGUGGUCAAAGUCUGCGUACUCCGACUGUGCUGAGCCGCUUGAGCUCGAUGACGCCCUUAACGGGUUCCCAGCAGCCCCCCACUUCAAGCCGCACUUCCCACGAAGGAACAGCAGGAAGGGUGCAAAGACGUCCAGCUCAGAUCAAGUCAGGAACCAGAAGGACUCCUCUCACUCGGCAGAGCAAACCUCAGAGCACCGCUCCUCUUUCUCGAGGUCGGGGCGGGGAUGGUCGCACUCUCGAGGGAACGGGCCUCAUCAUAACAGAAGGCCUAUAAAUGGCAACCAGAAGAGAAGAGAGAACCCGCGCUCCGGUACCAAAACGGUACACCAAAAAACACCCUCUCCACCUCGCCAGCCGUCCCCCAUCGAGCUCGGCAUCUCAAACUUCCCUCCGCUCGGUGUGCAGAAGAAAAGCGAGCCAGCAGAAACUUCACCCGACAGCACCCAGGAGCUCACCAGUGAGACCUCCAAGAAGCUGAGCUACGCCGAGAUCUGCCAGCGGUCUUCAUCCGACGGGUCGGCACUGCUUGCUGAACCCGUCACCGCCGCCUCUUCCUCUGAGGAGCCCCACUCGGCUUCUUCUGAAUCUCCCUCAGCCUUGUUGCCACAGUAGUUGUGAGUC